GGCCCCGGAGCGCCCUUCCGGAAGCGGUCACAAGUAGCUCCGUGACGCAGAACGAGUUAGAGCGUCCCGUAGGGUUUCCAUGGUGUUGCCCUCAGCACCCUGUCUCUCCGCUUCCUCUCCCGCCUGAACACCGGGAACGGGAAGGCAGGCGGCGGGUCCUUCCCAGCACCGCCUCCCCGUCUGGGGGAGGGGUUGGACGAGCGGGUGACGCUCUGGGCGAGCUCGUUCGCCUCUCUAUGGUGCCCAGCUCUCCUGCGCGCCGCUCCAGCGCGUUGGAGCGGACGCUGCCCCUUUAAUCGACAGAGGGCGGUGCCGAGGAGGUCCCGCGAGAGCUGCGGGGGGCGGGGGGCGGUGCCGAGCCGGGGGCCCGUGGCGGAUGGAGCCAGCGAUGGAGCCGGAGACUCUGGAGGCGCGAAUCAACAGAGCCACAAACCCCCUGAACAAGGAGCUGAACUGGGCCAGCAUCAACGGCUUCUGUGAGCAGCUCAAUGAGGACUUUGAGGGGCCUCCACUUGCCACCCGGCUGCUGGCCCACAAGAUCCAGUCCCCACAAGAGUGGGAGGCCAUCCAGGCCCUGACGGUGCUGGAGACCUGCAUGAAGAGCUGCGGCAAGAGGUUCCACGAUGAGGUGGGCAAGUUCCGCUUCCUGAACGAGCUCAUCAAAGUCGUGUCUCCCAAGUACCUGGGCUCCAGGACGUCAGAGAAGGUGAAGAACAAGAUCUUGGAGCUGCUCUACAGCUGGACGGUCGGCCUGCCCGAGGAAGUGAAGAUCGCAGAGGCCUACCAGAUGCUGAAGAAGCAGGGGAUUGUGAAGUCGGACCCCAAGCUUCCCGAGGAUGCCAUCUUUCCCCUCCCCCCUCCACGGCCCAAGAAUGUGAUCUUCGAAGACGAGGAGAAGUCCAAGAUGCUGGCCCGCCUGCUGAAGAGCUCCCACCCCGAGGACCUCCGGGCAGCCAACAAGCUCAUCAAGGAGAUGGUGCAGGAGGACCAGAAGCGGAUGGAGAAGAUCUCCAAGCGGGUGAAUGCCAUCGAGGAGGUGAACAACAACGUGAAACUCCUGACGGAGAUGGUGAUGAGCCACAGCCAGGGCGGCACGGCAUCCAGCAGCAGCGAGGACCUCAUGAAGGAGCUGUACCAGCGCUGUGAGCGGAUGCGGCCCACACUCUUUCGACUGGCCAGUGACACAGAAGACAAUGAUGAGGCCCUAGCGGAAAUCCUGCAGGCCAACGACAGCCUCACCCAGGUGAUCAACCUGUACAAGCAGCUGGUGCGGGGCGAGGAGGUCAACGGCGAUGCGGCCGCCGGCCCCAUCCCUGGGAGCACCUCGGCCCUGCUGGACCUGUCAGGCCUGGAUCUCCCUCCCACGGGCACCACCUACCCAGCCAUGCCCCCCCACCCCGCGGACCAGACCAGCCCUGAGCAGCUCAGCACCUCAGUUUCUCUGCUGGAUGAUGAGCUCAUGUCUCUAGGCCUGAGUGACCCCACACCCCCUACAGGCCCCAGCUUGGACGGUGCUGGAUGGAACAGCUUCCAGUCCUCAGACGGUGCUGAGCCUCCAGCCCCUGCUUCAGCCCAGGUCCCCAGCACGGACAUCCGGCCACCAGGACAGAUGUCCCUGCCAGCCAGCAGUGGCCUGGAUGACCUGGACCUCCUGGGGAAGACCCUCCUGCAGCAGUCACUGCCCCCAGAGGCCCAGCAAGUGCGGUGGGAGAAGCAGCAGCCAGCCCCCCGGCUCACACUCCGGGACCUGCAGAAUAAGAGCAGCUCACCCAGCCCCAGUGCCACCAGCCUCCUCCACGCCGUGUCCCCAGAGCCCCCUGGGCCUCCACAGCAGCCCCUGCCCACUGAGCUCUCACUGGCCAACAUCACUGUGCCCCUGGAGUCCAUCAAACCCAGCAGCAUCUUGCCCGUGACCGUGUAUGACCAGCAUGGCUUCCGCGUCCUCUUCCACUUUGCCCGCGACCCGCUGCCUGGCCGAGCUGACGUGUUGGUGGUGGUGGUAUCCAUGCUCAGCACUGCCCCCCAGCCCAUCCGCAACAUCGUGUUCCAGUCAGCGGUGCCCAAGGUCAUGAAGGUGAAGCUGCAGCCCCCCUCAGGGACGGAGCUGCCGGCGUUCAACCCCGUUGUCCACCCCUCAGCCAUCACUCAGGUCCUGCUCCUCGCCAACCCCCAGAAGGAGAAGGUCCGCCUGCGCUACAAGCUCAUCUUCACCAUGGGCGACCAGACCUACAGCGAGAUGGGCGACGUGGACCAGUUCCCCCCGCCUGAGACCUGGGGCAGCCUCUAGAACAGAGGGGCUGGGGAGAGGAGAGGACAGGGGCCAGCGCUGUGCAGCCUGGGGAGAGGCUGUGGUGGCCUGGACACCCUCUGUUCUCCGUGGCCAUGUGCCCCUGGCCUGGUGCAUCUCCCCCCACCCUGUGGCCCCAGGUGACUCUUCCCCUCCUGCUUUGCCUCCCCACCUGCUGAGCCAAACCCAGCGGGAGGUUGGGCCUGGGUUUGCACCACCAGGGUCCCCCAAAACUGGUGGGGUCCUGGAGCAGGGAGGGCUGCCCAGCCAUGGAAGGACUUGGGUCUAAGGGAAGAAGCCUGGCCAUCGGGCCCAGCCCUGACCCCAGCCCGGGUGGGGUCUUCCCCACCUGUCUCAUGCCUUAUGGGAAGGCCCAGCCAUAAACGGGAGGUCAGGCUGGAGCUGGGGACCAGCCAGGCCUCCUCAUAGGAACCCAGUGACUGGGGGACACCCGUGCCCCCACUGUUUGCACUCUGCUGUGUGGUUUGGCUCCUUUGCUUUUCUUUCGGAGUAGCCGGUGGCUGCAGCCCAGGCCCUGCCUCCUGGGGGCCUCUCUUCACUGCGAGGUCUCUAGAGGGACUGUGGGAGCCCGGGGUGAGGCCGGAGGGUGGCCCAGGCAGGGCUCCCGGAGCUCUCAAUUCGUCUGUGCUGGGCCUCCCGGGGCGCCUCACGCCUGGCCACCCAUCUGCCCACGGUCAGCAGUGGAGGCGGCGGGGGCGGGGGCGCAAGUAUUUAUGAAAAUAAAACGUCCUUGUUCCUGGA